AUGAUACAGGUUUUUGCCGGUGACCGAUUGACUCUGGUCCUGGAAUUCGUUGGUGAUGUUCGUGAGGGGUUGGACGGCUUCUACCGCAGCUCGUAUGAGCAAGAUGGAGAGACUAGGUGGCUGGGAGUGACGCAGUUCGAGAGGACGGGGGCGCGAAUGGCCAUGCCGUGUUACGACGAGCCGGCCAUCAAGGCGACCUGGGAAUUUACCUUCCGCCCACAGCAAGGCUACAACGUACUCUUCAACACUCCACUCAUCAACGCCACUGACGACGAAGAUGGAAGACGCACCCUGACCUUCGAGCAGACGCCGGUGAUGAGCGCCUUCCUGCUAGCUUGGGUCAUAUCCGACUUCGUAGGCGUGCAGUCGCCGCUGGAAUCCAACACGACUGUCUGGACGACCAGGGACACGGCGGCACAGGCAGAGUACCCCAGUGUGAUGGGGCCACGCACCGUCCGCUCCAUGGAGCAGCUGGUGCGUGUUCCGUACAACCACGGCAACCUCACCAAGAUGGACCACGUCGCUGUGCCGGACUUCGCCGCCGGCGCCAUGGAGAACUGGGGUCUGAUCACGUACAGACAGGGGUACCUGCUGGCCCUGGACAACUACACCUCGGAGGCGGCUAAGGAACAGGUGCUGACCGUCAUCCAGCACGAGGUGUCUCAUCAGUGGUUCGGCGACCUGGUCAGCCCCAACUGGUGGUCCGUGCUUUGGCUUAGUGAAGGUUUUGCCACGUUCUUCGAAAGCUUCGGUUCUGCAGUCGUGGAGCCCACGUGGCGAAUUGACGAAGCGUUCGUGGUUUCAACCUUGCUUGGCCGAGGAAUUGCCUACGAUGAAGAUCCUUCAGCACCACCCAUCACCAGCGAGGAUUCUGAUAUCAACAUCUAUUAUAAAGGUGGCUCCAUCAUCAGGAUGAUGCAGCAUUUUAUCGGCACUGAUGCGUUCUACGACGGCCUUCAUAAUUAUCUUUUACAGAACCAGUUCAGCAACGCCACGGAUGACAUCCUGUUCGCGGCGAUGGACGCGGUGGCGUCCUCGUCGGACCUGCCUUCCGACGCGACUGUGUCGUCGGUGAUGCUGCCGUGGGCGCGGCAGGCCGGCUUCCCCAUCAUCACCGUCACCAGGAACUACUCGGACGGCUCCGCUGUCGUUACGCAGAACCGUUGGCUGGUGCCUGCUGAUCCCAGUGACGAGACGACGUGGACGGUGCCGGUGACGUACACGUCCAAGUCGGAGACCGCCUUCUCCACCAGCACGAGGCUGUGGCUGACAGACACGUCAGCGCGGCUGGACAACGUCGCCGACGCCGCAACAGACGACUGGGUCAUCUUCAACCUCAACGUCGUUGGGUUUUACCGAGUGCAGUACGACACAGACAAUUGGGCUCUGCUGGUGCAGCAGCUCCUGAGCGACCACGAGGUGAUCCCGCCCGUCAACCGCGCUCUGCUGCUGGACGAUGCGAGGGCGCUGGUGCAGUCCGACUUGCUGCCCCUCGACACGCUUCUCAACCUGACAUCCUACCUAGCGCAGGAGCUGGACUACAUACCUUGGCUCGAAGCCGAAAGCACGCUCAACUAUCUGUCGUCGAUUAUAGAUGCGGACGAAUUCGACGUAAGUAUGCUUUAA